UCGGUGGUUCUCGUACAAAAGUGCUUAAGCACAAAGAGAGAGAGAGAGAGAGAGAGAGAGAGAGAGAGAGAGAGAGAAUACUUCGCCGGUAACCGGACACUCUGAUUCUCAGUGCUCGGGUUCAGUAGAAAGUUGAGGGAGAACACGAGCGCGAGCGCGAGCAGGAACCCCAGCAGGCGGAGUAACAGAGGAGCGGAAAAGGAGGAACGGGGACGAUUCUGCUUUUCUGCUUUCCGACAUUCUCAGUUCCACAUCAGCGGCCGCCAUCGUUACCGGGUGGAUUAGUAACAGCUGCUCGGGAGUGACGUUGAAUAAAAAAAGGCAGGAAAUGAUGUAAAUGUUUAUUAUAUAUAAUAAUAACAGUUAUAGUGCGAAGAGACCGGGAGCGCGCGUGCGUACGGGAUGUUUCUCUUCACAAAGCCCCAUUAGGAGUUACUUUGGAUAUUUUUGAUAUAUAUUGCCGUUAGAAGCGUUCCUCGGAGCGCAUGCGUUCUCGGGAACCGGGACUGUGAUCGGCGGAGGCCGCCGCCUGGCGCGCGGGGCGAGAUGGCCGCGUCGGGAGGAGCGAAGAGCGGCAAGCUGGACGAGGCGCAGGCUCUGGCGCGGAGCUGCGCGGGGAGACCCGACUUCCUGCCGUGCGACGGGCUCUCCAUCUGCGCCACGCACAGCCACGGCAAGUGCUUCAAGCUGCACUGGUGCUGCCACCUGGGCUGGUGCCACUGUAAAUAUGUCUACCAGCCUAUGACCAGUGUGUGCCAGCUUCCCACCACAGCAGUCCCUGCCUCUCCCUCAAAUCACACCGACACCAUGAACCUGACGAUCUCCUUGACCGAGCGUCUCCUCAGGAAUGCACCCAAAUUUAGAGCUCCACCCUGCCCAGAGUCCCCUAGAUUCUGCAUCAUCUCUGAUCUUUUUGUCGAUGACUACAUUGUAAAACGCAUCAACGGCAAGAUGUGCUACGUUCAGAGGCCUCCGACAACGGCGCCUGUUCCUCCAGAGAGAGCGCCAGCCUCACCACCCCAGCCAUCCAGUCAGCACGCUCAAAAUAAGCCCUCCCAAGUAGCCCAAACUCCAACCACACAAGGUCAAAAUGGCCCCAAAAUGGACCACUGCUCCUCACCAUCCAGCUCAGAAGACUCUGGAAUCAACGCCUUGGGUCUUCACUACGUGGAGUCGUGCGAGGACGACUCCUGUGAGGAAGAUGAGGAGGAGGACGAGGAGGAUGACGAUGAAUUGAGCACAGAUGGCAACUCCAGUCCCGGGAGUCUCUGGGAGCAGGACGAAUGCACUCUACUCUCGCCGUCCAAGUCGACUGUGGAAAUAAUCGAGAAUAUUGAGACGACUGUCUAACACAAGACAAGACCAAUUUUGCUUUAACACGUGCAUUACCAGAAGAUGCAAGUUGGUUGAACAAAACAAGAGCGCAAUCUAAAAGACAACUGGACAAAUGGUGAUAAUUACAUGGAAAUCUUCUCACCAGUUCUCCUCUCACCCACUUUUCAUAUCCUUUAUACUAAUGUCUCCUCUUUGCAUGGUGGCCCUGCUAUGGAUUGUACACAGUAGAUUUCACAAGAACAUUCAUGCAUGUAUGUAGUACCACAAAUGGGCAAAUGAAGCUGUUACGCAGGGUUUCUGCACAGGCGAGGCGAGGAAAAAAACGACACAAACACAAGCACACAUUUCCUCAGUAAGCGUAAAGGAGUUAGUGCUUACUUUACAGGAAUAACCUUGCAUGGAUAUGCUUUCUCUCCAAGGACCUGAAUAUUAAAUACAUCACAAAUGAACAGAGGAGAAUAAGAUUGGCAAUAAAAGGAGGCAAUAGAGUGAGAAUAUGAAAUGUCAUCUUCUGUAGAAGAGAAGGGGGGAAAAAAAGUGGCAGAAAAAAAGAGAGAGAAGGGCAGAACAGGGUGAGAGACUCUUCAGUCGCUUUUAAGCAGGCACCAUUGGAAGUGUGACUAAAUCAUGCAUGAGUUCAGAAGACAGUAAGGACACGAGGUGAAGAAAAACCACAUAUUCGCAAAGUCUCUACAGAGUAUCAACUUAUAUCUUCCUUUCAAUUUAUCCUUCCUCAGCAGUGAAGAGCCCUGAAGCUUUCAGGAGAUUUAGCAGAAUGAAUUCCAAUGUCUUGACAAUCAUUUAAUGAUAUAGGUCUAGGGGCAGUUUCAGUGAAAUGAUUAUUAGCAGAACUUCAUAGGGGGCAUGUCCGUCUUAAAACACAGCACGGAUUCUUUGAACCAUUUGUAGCAGUAUAAAAGCUACCAUGCUGCUGUGAUCACUGAAACCGAAUCGAGCUCAAGCUCAGAGAGCAGCAGUUAUUUCUUUUGAGGAUGUUUACUGUCAAUACUUCUCCCCCCCCCAACUAAAUACACAAAGCCUAUUUAAUAGCCAAUAAUGUAUGACCUAAGCACAUGAUGAACUUACUCCACAGUUUUUGGAUGGAAGUGGUUACCUAUUUUAUACUACCGUGGGCAGCCGUGGUCAUCUCUACAUCCUAAGAGACAGAUGUUCGGGUACUUUGAAGCUGGUAUCCUACACGUUAAAGCACAGCCUGCAUGGACGUGAGAGCUACGAGCCAACAGUCUAAUACCAAGCAUUAAAAACCACUUCAGCCCAACUCACCACCACUGAUUAUUGACGAAAGUGCAUGAAUUCACAACAGUCCGAUAUAACCAUGAUGAUUUUAGCUAGUCUGAGACAUAAAUGAGAUUACUAUUCCCAGGACAAAGUGAUUUUAACACCCCUUUUCACAACAUUAUACAACUGUACAGUACUUUCCUUUCGGGUUCAGAAAUCCCUGAUAUGGGAUUAUAAUUGCAUUUAAAAUCACAUACAAAUCAGUUUAGUGCAGUAAGAAAGAGACUGUUAAAGAUCCCUGUCGCUGUCCUUCCCUGGAGUGGACACUAAACUAUUGCUGACAAUCCACUCCUUCCCGUCUCUGAUCAGUCUGUAAUGAUAGCGUCUCUAUUUAUAAGCACAGAACUUUGUCACUGCCUGAGCAGAAGAGUACAUUUUGAAGCUACUUUUUAAAGUAGAAAACCUAACUGACCCAUCAUCCAUCCCUGAGGAACCCCACACUCAAUUAUUUGUAUGAUUACCUCUCCUGCUGGUGGAUAAAUAAAUGGGUGUCCCUGUAUUUCUGCGGUUUUGUAUCAGGGAAUACUGUAGCUAUAAACAUGUACUGUAGAUACACAAAUGUUGAUCUCGCCUUUAAAUAAACCCCUUUCUUAUACCA